AUGUGGGCAAGAAAUACUGCGGUGGAAAGAAGAGGAGGCGGCAACGGGCUGGUGGCAGUGGCAAUAGACAGAGACAGAGGCAGCCAGCUCGCAAUGAAAUGGACUAUUGAACAUCUCCUCCAGAGGGGCCAGACCGUCUUUCUCAUCCAUGUCAACCUCAAAUCACCCUCUGCUGCUCUUCAUUCCCCAAUACUAAAACAUGGGAAUGGUGGUGAGACUAAUGCACUGAGAUGCGCAGAACCUGAUCAACAAACCAAGGAAUUGUUCCUUCCUUUUCGUUGUUUUUGUACACGUAAAGACAUCCAUCCACAAGAUAUCGUACUAGAAGACACAGACGUGGCGAAAGCAUUAACUGAAUAUGUUAGCCAAUCAUCUAUUGAGAAUCUGGUUGUUGGCGCCUCAUCAAAAACUGGCUUUCUUAGAAGAUUCAAGACAACCGAUAUCCCAAGCUGUGUACUAAAAGGAGCACCAGAUUUUAGCAAUGUAUACGUUAUAUCCAAAGGAAAGAUUCAGUCGAUGCGAUCUGCCUCACGUCCGGCGCCACCCUUCUCUCCCUUACGUUCCCAACUUCAGAGUCAUGGCAGCAUCAAAUCAGAUACAUCGGAGCCACAACUCAACCGGGAUUCUACUACCAAAGCCGAGAAGCCGUCAUUUGAGGCGCAGGCAGUGCGUAGAUCGCAUGAAGAGACGGACAACAUCAUUAGGUCCCCAUUUACUGGUGGGAGAGGGUGGAAUAUUGGGAAAUCGUACGGGGAAAUCCAUAUGCCGGAACAUGACAUAUCCUAUAUCAACCCGGGGAGGCAUAGCGUUGACCGCAUAUUCUCGUCAGGUUACGACAGUCUAGAUCAUGGAGGCAGCCACACUCCCCCACGGAUGUCACACUCAGAAAUCGAUAACCACAACUUUGAAUCAACGCUUCAUGCCUGGAGGUCACUCGAUGCCACCUCUCCACCUCGUGAAUUUUCAUCAGUUACCUCUCAUGACAGUGAUAGCCUAUCAAACUCACCGCACUCAAUGGAAGAAGUGGAGGCUGAAAUGAGGAGGCUAAAGCUGGAACUGAAGCAAACAAUGGAAAUGUACAGUACCGCGUGCAAAGAAGCACUCACAGCAAAACAAAAGACAGUAGAGCUGCAGCGGUGGAAAUGGGAAGAAGAGCGGAGGUUGGAAGAGGCGCGGUUGGCUGAGGAAGCGGCAUUGGCCAUUGCAGAAAAGGAGAAGGCAAAGUCGAGGGCUGCCAUUGAGGCGGCCGAAGCAGCGAAGAGGAUAGCAGAAUUGGAAGCGCAAAAGAGAAUUACAGCAGAAUUGAGAGCAUUGAAAGAGGGAGAAGAGAAGAGGAAGGCACUUGAUGCUCUGGCACAGUCAGACGUUAGAUAUAGGAGGUACUCAAUCGCGGAGAUUGAAGCAGCUACUGAGUUUUUUGCAAUUUCCCGUAAGAUUGGAGAAGGGGGUUAUGGACCAGUCUAUAAGGGUCAUCUUGACCAUACACCUGUUGCAAUUAAGGUUCUUCGUCCGGAUGCUGCUCAAGGAAGGUCACAGUUUCAACAAGAGAUUGAGAUAUUGAGCUGCAUACGACAUCCCAACAUGGUUCUCCUCCUAGGAGCUUGCCCGGAAUAUGGCUGCUUGGUAUACGAGUUCAUGUCCAAGGGGAGCUUAGAGGAUCGUCUCUUCUGCCGGGGGAACACUCCACCUCUUUCUUGGCAACAUAGGUUUAAAAUUGCAGCCGAAAUAGGCACUGGCUUGCUGUUCCUCCACCAAACAAAGCCUGAGCCAUUGGUGCACCGUGACCUAAAACCAGGCAACAUCUUGCUUGACCGCAACUAUGUCAGCAAGAUUAGCGACGUUGGCUUGGCCAGGCUAGUACCGCCGACGGUGGCCGACAACGUAACGCAAUAUCGCAUGACGUCAACGGCCGGCACAUUCUGCUACAUUGAUCCAGAGUAUCAACAAACAGGCAUGCUUGGAGUGAAGUCUGAUAUAUACUCCCUUGGAAUCCUCUUUCUGCAAAUGAUAACAGCCAAGCCACCAAUGGGGUUGACUCACCAUGUUGAAAGGGCUAUUGAAAAGGGGACUUUUGCUGAAAUGCUGGAUCCUGCCGUGUCGGAUUGGCCGGUUGAAGAUGCUAUGUCCUUCGCCAAACUGUCGCUCCAAUGCGCGGAGUUAAGACGGAAAGACAGGCCGGAUCUUGGUAGGGAUGUCUUGCCAGAACUUGAAAGAUUGAGAGCAUUUGCUGAAGAAACUAUGCACCAUAAUUUCAUGAAUGGCAGUGCAAGCUCCUCACCCGGCCACAGCCAAGUUUCCUUGCAGCUAGAUGGGGAUCUUCCACAUGCACAUUCUGGAGAGAGCUCCAGAACGCCAUCAACCACUCUUUGA